UAGGAGACUCUCAGAUUUACUUCACGGGCGAGGUCUCUGAUUCAAGUCUACCAUAUCCAUCCUGUAUUUCGGUUAUUAUAAAACUAUACUGAAUAGAAUCUUGUAACAUAGAAAAGGUCUAGCCCUACAGUUCACAUUAGCACUCUUUCCUUAUCCUCUUCUCUCUCACUCCCCACCAUCACAUCUUCAACUGAUUUUAUUAGAACUGGAAACUUCCCCAUCUCAUCAUCUUCUACCUUCAUAAACCUCCCCAAAGCCCUGCCCUUUCACACACCCUUCCGCAUCAUGACCCGGCCACAGCCAUCAUCGGCCACCACCGCGUUGGCUCCGCCUCCUGCUGAAGCCACUAACAUGGAGUCCGACUUCGUCAUCAUCCUCGCAGCCCUCCUCUGUGCCCUGAUUUGCGUUGUGGGCCUCAUCGCUGUUGUCCGCUGCACCUGGCUGCGCCGAGGUUCCAGUGCUGGGCUCCAAUCUCCAUCUGUUACCACCUCGCACUAUGCCAACAAGGGCGUCAAGAAGAAGGUCCUCCAGUCCCUCCCCAAGUUCACCUACACAUCCUCAUCGUCCCCGUCCUCCUCCGCCUGGCCAGCCAGCAAGUUCACGGCCGAGUGCUCGAUAUGUCUCACAGAGUUUGCAGAAGGGGACGAGGUCCGGGUUUUGCCGCAGUGCGGGCACGUGUUCCAUGUGGCCUGCAUUGACACGUGGCUCGGGUCGCACUCGUCCUGCCCCUCUUGCAGGCAGGUCCUCGUGGUGGGCCGGUGCCAAAAAUGUGGCGGCUUCCCCGUGGCUCACGGCGGGGGAUCCGGGUCUGGCCCGGCGGAGGCUGAGCUGAAGGAGAGGGAAGAUGCUGAAUUGGGCAACAGGAACGACGGCGGUUUCUUGCCUUAAUAGGAACCUUAUUGCUUUUUUCCUUUUUAAUUUUAUUUUUCUUUUUAAUUUUAUUUUAGUAGUGGUUGUUGUAUUUGUACAUAUGUAUGGAUUAAGGGGGAAGUUGAGAAAUACUUUUUUUCGGUAGUAAAGUUGAUAAAUACUUUCAAUGAGUCGGAACCGAUUAGACUGCGGAUAAGAGAGUGCCCACCGAAGAAAUGUAUACUUUCUAUCAUCACUGAUGGCACUUGUGGAAUUUUGAGAAGUUGGAAGCUCAAUGCGUA